AUGAAAGACAAGAAAAUCCUUAACUUGGAGAAUAAGCUCACACUGUGUGAAAAUCAGUCAACCGUGAAUAACUUAGAGAAGAAGCUCACACUGCGUGAAAAUCAGUCAACCGUGAAGAACAUAGAGAAGAAUCCCACACUGCGUGAAAAUCAAUCAACCGUGAAAGAAGGAUUGGAGAAGCGAGACAUUUCAUCUAAUGUUGCAUUUUACGCGAGACUCUCGCAAGAUGUUACUCUUGGAAAGCAUUCUACGGUUAUAUUCGAUUCAGAAAUUACAAAUUACGGAGGAGGCUAUCAUUCAUUUGAUGGUAUAUUUAUUUGUCCACGUUCGGGAGUCUAUCUAUUUACUACUACAAUUCUUGUACACUCGGGACAAUGGAUUAGAGCAUUUAUCGUAGUAAACGGAAGUCCAGUUGCUGAAUCAAUUGUCCACAGUGAAGGUGGUUACGAGUCGGGAUCUACCACUGUGAUUGUUCAUCUUCAGAAUAACGACCACGUUUACGUCAGAACCCAAGAUGACAGUGAUUGGGUACUGAGAGCAAGCGUCACCAGUUUUGCUGGAGUUUUAUUAUUUUAG